CGGUGAGUAGCGUGUAGGCUUUAUCGAUAAGAAUUUUUUUUUCCUCGUUCCUACCAAGGCUGCAAGCCAACCUCCCAUCUCGAAGCCUCACCAUCGAUCUUUUAAAGGACAUCUAUCAUCCCCAAUUUACAAGAUGCUCAGACAAGUUAAACCUCGCAAUGCGCGCUCAAAGCGAGCCCUUGAGAAGCGCGAGCCCAAGGCCAACGAGAAUCCCAAGACGUGCCUCUUCCUCCGCGGAACAACAUGCUCUCAGAUCGUCCAAGAUGCCCUCAAUGAUCUUCAUCAGAUGCGCCAACCUCUCGCUAAGAAGUUCACCAAGAAGAACGCCAUCCAUCCCUUUGACGACGCCGCCUCGCUCGAGUUUUUCUCCGAAAAGAACGACGCCAGUCUCCUCGUCUUUGGUAGCAGCCAAAAGAAGCGUCCUCACACCUUGACUUUUGUUCGCACUUUUGGUUACAAGGUCCUCGACAUGCUUGAGCUCUACCUCGACCCGGAGAGCUUCCGUGCUAUCGCUCAAUUCAAGACCAAGAAGUUCGCCAUUGGUCUGCGGCCUAUGAUCCUGUUCGCUGGUACUGCUUUUGAGAGCCCUGUCAGCAACGAGUUCACCCUUGCGAAGAGCAUGCUCCUUGAUUUCUUCAAGGGCGAGCCUAGCGACAAGAUUGACGUCGAGGGUCUCCAGUACAUCAUCUCCAUCAGCGCAGAGGAUAGCACUGGCGACGGUGACGUUAAGCCCGCCAUCCACUUGCGAGUCUACACCAUCAGUACCAAGCGAUCCGGUCAGCGACUUCCCCGUGUUGAGGUUGAGGAGAUCGGUCCUCGCAUGGAUUUCCGUGUCGGCCGAGUCAGGGAGCCCGACGAGUCAAUGCUUAAGGAGGCCAUGAAGAAGCCUCGCGGCAUCGAGGAGCGCACCAAGAAGAACAUCACAACCGACUCUAUGGGUGACAAGAUUGGUCGCGUGCAUCUGGGCAAGCAGGAUCUCAGCGAGCUGCAGCUCCGCAAGAUGAAGGGUCUGAAGCGAAGUCGAAAGGAUGCCGAAGAUGCGGUGGAUGUCGUUGAAGAGGAGGAGUCCAAGAGGAUAAAGCAAUAGUAGAUGUGCGGCAUUGCAUGCUCGGAGUUGGGCGUCUUGGAAAAGGUCUUGUAAAGGCUAUGUCAAUAAUUGAUUUACUGGGUUCAUCCCUAAACAUGACAGGCCCUGUCGUAUAUCUAAUUGA